AUUUUAAGAGAUAUACACGUGUGUACUCAAAGAGAAAUACUCAAGCUGCUUGAUUUAGUCACCAAUCAACAACCAAAUAAGCCAUUUAAUCUCGCUUGCUUGGCGGAGAAGAUUGCUCCGCUCGACAGAUAUGGGUACUCGCUUAGAAGUUAUUGGAUUGAAAGAUAUCCAGGAAUUCCAGCAGCUCUACAAGCAAAACUGGCCGAAAUAUUGCCAGGAAUACUACUGCCUUGACAAUUUUGUGGAAUUUCUGAAAAAACAACCCCACAUGCGGAAUAUUGAUAUGUACACAUUGGAUACAAAACAGGCCAGAGAUGAAGGUCUCUUUGUCAUAGUGGAUCGCUAUCAACUUUUCGUAGGUUGCUUGAACAACUCAAGCGGUCUUGCUAGAACAGCUUUGGAUUUAUUGGACUGGUCGACGGGUCUGAAAUGUAGUUCAGUACCCUCCAGACAUAUGGAUGCCCUGGACAGUGUGGUAGAGUCUAAAAAGUUGGACCUCGUAUUCAGGGAUUGCACGAAUUUGUUUUAUAUGAAAGCUGAGGACGCUCUCAAGCUGAAAGUUGAACCCCCAGUUGGAUUUGUUUUAAAGUCGCUGAGCGUGGCAGACGCCCCUUUGAUUAACGAAGAGUGGCCCAAUCAUCAUGUGGGAUCUUUGUUCUUCAUAGAAAGACAGAUUCGCUUGUGCAUCAGUGCGGGAUUGUACCAGGAAGAUACCCAGGAACUAGUUGCCUGGUGCAUCAGGUCACAAGGCGGCUUCUUGGGCACCCUGCAAGUGAAAGAUUCUCACAAGCGUCGGGGAUUUGGCAGUGUCGUGACGAGGGAAAUGGCAUACCGCAUAGCCGCCCAGGGCCACGAUGUAAUGGCCCUCGUAAACCCCUGUAAUAAGCCCUCGUCCGAAAUGUUUAGCAAACUUGGCUUCCAGGUCAUCGACCAGUGCUAUUGGCUAAGGACGGAACCCACCAGCGGCGAGUUCACCUGGCCCGAGGGCGAGUAGUUGGUGUCUAAAUGUCUGUAUUAAAAUAUUACGACUUUCGGUUGUAUAUGAAUAC